ACAACAAGACGACGGAGAAGUUGAAGAAGAGCAUAUCUAACCAUUACCGACCCAACCAUCGGGUCCCACCACUAAAAUUUUCAAAGUAACCUUUAAAGCAAAGUUAAAGUUAAAUUAAAUGUUGUUGACAAAAGUGGAAUCGUUGAAAUCCAAACGCUCCCUCUAACAUCUCCACAUAACACUCUCAAAUCAUGAACAACCAUUUCUCAUACGUAUUGUUCAAGUAGAUAGAUGCUCUUAUCUAUUUUUUCUCCUGAGAGGAUACUGAGUGUGUAUUAGAUUAUUGAUUUGGUGAAUUGGAUAAUAGUGAAAUCAAUGAGAGGUGAAAUGGCGAAUGGGUCUUGGCUCAAUUCUUUGUGGCCGGUCUCGCGCAAGAAUGCAUUAGAUAACAAGGCGUUAGUUGGAAUUUUGGCGUUAGAAGUUGCGAGUUUGAUGUCAAAGAUGACUAACUUGUGGCAGUCUUUGAGUGAUUGGGAGGUGUUGAAUUUGAGGGAAGAGAUAGUGAACUCUGUUGGGAUCAAAAAGUUAGUUUCUCAGGAUGAUGAUUACUUGAUGGAGCUUGUAUUGAAUGAUAUACUUGAUAGUUUUCAAUUGCUAGCGCGAUCUGUUACCAGGUUUGGUAAGAGAUGCACGGAUCCGGUUUAUCAUCGGUUUGAGCAUUUUGUUUGUAAUCCGGUUCAAAAUUAUAUUCAAUGGUCAGGGUGGGAGUAUAAAUGGAAAAAGAUGGAGAGAAAAAUGAAGAAAAUGGAAAAAAUUGUGGCCUCCACGACACAAUUUUGUGAAGAGCUUGAAGUACUAGCAGAGGUUGAACAGACUUUCAGAAGAAUGCAAGCAAAUCCUGAACUGCAUCGGUUUAAGUUGCUCGAGUUUCAGAAGAAGGUCGCGUGUCAGCGUCAGGAAGUGAGGAAUCUAAGAGACAUGUCUCCAUGGAAUAAAAGUUAUGAUUAUGUUGUCCGGUUGCUGGUAAAAUCACUAUUUACGGUACUGGAGAGAAUCAUAUUUGUGUUUGGAAAUAAUCACCUACCAUCUUUACAGCAAGAAACUGACUCACAGAAUAUGAAUGCUAACAAUCUUCUGCGCAGUCAAUCUUUUUCUGUUUUUAUGCAUUCUUCCAUUUAUCCUUCCGAGAAUGAUCUCAAUGGAUUCAACUCAGGUUCUGUUGGGAGGAGGCCAUACUUUUCAUUUGACAAGAGCAAAAGAAACAAGGAACAUAAGAAGGCUCUUCAUCCACCAGAUAAAGGUCGAAAGCACAAACGUUCCGAAAGCAAACAGUUAGGAAAUAUAGGGCCAUUCAAAAGUUGCAUGUCUGUUACAAGUAAUUCUCCUGUCAUACAGAGUUGUGUGCAGACAGAUGGUUAUGGUGGUUCUAUGAGGUUGACUGAUUCUCAUAUGAAACAUGGUGACAAAAUGAAAACAAUGGAUAAAUCAUCUCUCUCCAACAGAAUUAGAAUAUAUUCUAAAUUAUGCCUCAGCAAUAGGUUAAAGUCAGCUUCGUUUACCGUUGGUGGUGCAUCUUUAGCCCUUCGCUAUGCAAAUAUGAUUGUAUUGAUCGAGAAGAUGGCAUCAUCGCUUCACUCAAUUGACUUGAAAGCAAGAGAUGAUUUGUACAAUAUGCUUCCAACUACUAUAAGAAUUGUUCUGAGGGCUAAGCUCAAAUAUCGUGCGAAAAGUAAAUCUUCAUCCGUUCAUGAUGCAGACCUUGCAGCAAAAUCAAGCUCAGUACUCACACAGAUAUUAGAAUGGUUGGCUCCACUUGCACACAACACCAUAAGUUUGCAUUCUGAGAGAAAUUUUGAGAAGGAGCAUUCCUUUGUAAAAGCAAAUAUUUUACCAGUUCAAACUCUUUAUUAUGCAAAUCAAGCAAAAACUGAAGCUGCAAUGGUUGAUCUUCUUGUAGGUCUUAACUAUGUAUGCAGCAUUGAUAGAAAAGUAGGUAUGAGAGAUAGGUUGGAGUUUGCUAGCACUAGAUCAUUGAAUGGUCUUUGUAUGAGAAAUAUGAGGAUCUAAAAUGACUGUUUAGUGUUUAUAGACUUAUGAUCUUGAAGUUGUAUAGCUAUCAUCUUCAAAUGGUUGGCUUUGCCAAUUAAUGUACUUUUGAUAUUAUAAUUUACCUUUAUACUACUCUAAGUCUUAGAUUACAUUUGGGUGAAA